ACAGUAGAUGUGAAGGUAAAUCAAGACGAUUCUCCUGCCCUCGGUUACUGUGUGGCCUGGGUACAGUGCAGUAAGGAGAGCUGCCUAAAGUGGAGGAGGCUGAGAGAAGAGAUGGAUCCGUCACUUUUAGCUGAUGAUUGGUCUUGCAAGCAGAAUAUAGAUCCUUUGUAUAACAGCUGUGCAAUUUCAGAGGAAACCUGGUUAGAUUGUGAUCAUGAUACCGUGUAUGCGCUCUUUAUACCUGGGUCAAUUGUGUGGGCAAAGCAGCAUGGCUACCCAUGGUGGCCAGCAAUAGUUGAUUAUGACCCGGACAUAGCAGAAUAUUUUUUAUUUGAAAAUUCAGCUGAUCAGUUUCCCUCCAAGUAUCAUGUGGCAUUCCUGGGAAAGUCAGUCUUGCGAGCCUGGGUUUGUAGCAGCUUACUAAAUCCUUUCCAGGGAACCUCACCGAAGGGCAUGAAUAAAAAAGUGAAAAAGAACAUGAGACACAAACUGGAGUGCAGCAUUAGAAUGGCAAAUGAAGCCCUGUCCUUGGGCAUUCCGGAACGGAUUCAUAAAUAUGGGUUUUCUGGACGUUACGGAGCAAAGAGCACUGAAGAUGUGUAAAGCGGAUUCUCCUUUGCAAAACACAUUCUUUCAAAACUGAAAUCUUAAUAGUACAGUAAACAUUAAAAUCUGAGAAGAUCAGUGACACCUCAGGGAGUACUCAGACACCUUUGAGGCGAGUAAUGUCCGAGAAGGAUGG